AUCAUUCGCUCUUUAUAAAUAUCAGGUUAGAAACACUGAUAUCCAACUGAAUGGACUUUGCUCAUGUUCAGACAUCAUUACAGGUAACUGAGAAGGAUGAAAUAAAGUAAAAAAAAUCGAAUAAAUGAACAUAUAUGAACAACAAAAUCCCAAAAAUAUAUAUAUAUAUAUAGGGGGCUACUCUACUAGAAACUAAAAAAAAUAGAAACUAGAAACUCCAACCCAGUCCAUUACUAACAGCCCAGCCCAGAUUAAAAACAGCAGCCCAAUUAGUCCAUUAGCCGCGCUUAUUUUAAAAAAAUAAAAGGAAAUAUACUUACACAUAAAUACACAACGGUUACAGUUGGCCAUUACUACCAUUUUCUUCUUCACUCUUCACUGUUCAUCUUCUCCUCCGAAAACCACAGGUAAUGUUCGUGCUUUUCUUCAAAUUUCUAGUGAUUUUCUGUCUUCUUCACUUCUAAUUAGUGAUUUUACAAACUUUCCGGUUAAAUUUGACGUCAAUAUCAGAUCUGGUUUUGUUGUUGAAGUUGAAGCAAGGAAAAAUCACCAAAAUCAGUCGCAACAGGUACUAGAUCACUUCUAAUUACAGAUUUAGCAAAAAAUAUGAUACAUAUAUUUACGAUAUUCAUUGCAUGUCAUUUUUCCGUUUGUUUUUUAGGGUUUAUAGUGAUAACUAACAUUAUAUUGAUGAUAUUGUUUCAUAACAGCACUUAUUUAGCUUAUUUCACUGUGAAAGCUACUAAGUUAUGGCUAGAACUAGAGGAGGUAUGUCGAUUUAGGGUUUUAUAGUGUUUUAAUAUUUUUUUGUUUUAUUAGCAUUUGUUAAAAUUGUGAUUUAGCAUGUGGUGAUAUGAACAGAGUAUAUUUGAAAUUUGUUAAAAUUUUGAUCUAUUUUUUAUCUGUAUUGAUGUGUAAUUUUGUAUUUUUUUGAUUGUGAUGUAUUUUUUUUAACAGAGUUCUGGUAUGCAAUUUUGUUUGUGGUGUAUUGAUCUGUACUAAUAUGCAUUGUAUUAUGAAGAUAAAUAAGUUUGAGUUCUGUAUUUUUUGUUGUUUCUAGUCUUGUAGUACUUGGGGCUUAAUCUUGCUAGUUUUGUAGAACUCAGGGCUUGAGUUUGUGGCAUAAAAUUGUAGGUUUAGUCUUCCAAGUUUAUAGUACUUUAGUUUACAAGAAAUUGUUGUUGUUGUAUAUAGAAUUGUCACUAUGACUUUAGUGAUACAAGUCAGUAGGACAUUAAUUUAUAACAAAUAGCUGCUGUAGGUAAACUUACACAAUACGCUUGCAAAACAGAGAAUAUUGUACUUAUAGUUGAACACUUUAGAACACUUUACUGAUCUAAGUCAGUGAUGUGCAAAGAAUAGUUCUCCAUUUUUACAGAUUGCUCCAAGUCAGUAGGACUUUAGUUUGAAAUAAAUAGCUGCUGUAAUUUGAUUUGAAUUAAUAAGAAAGAUAUAAAGAACUUAAAUCGUAAUAUGAGUUCUUUCAGUGUUUAUUUUAUAUAACUUACACGAUAUGCAAAUGAAUAAUGAACUUAUAAUUGAACAUUUUAAAAUACUUUAGUGAUCUAAGUCAGUGAAAUGCAAACAAUUGUUAUCAAUUUUGUCAUCACUUGUAGAUAAUUGAAAUUUGUUAAAAUUUUGAUCUAUUUUUUAUCUGUAGUGAUGUGUAAUUUUGUAUUUUUUUGAAACAGAGUUCUAGUAUGCAAUUUUGUUUGUGGUGUAGUGAUCUGUACUAAUGUGCAUUGUAUUAUGAAGAUAAAUAAGUUUGAAAUACUAAGGGCUUGAGUUCUGUAUUUUGUGUUGUUUCUAGUCUUGUAGUACUUGGGGCUUAAUCUUGCUAGUUUUGUAGAACUCAGGGCUUGAGUUUGUGGCAUAAAAUUGUAGGUUUAGUCUUCCAAGUCAAUAGUACUUUAGUUUACAAGAAAUUGUUGUUGUUGUAUAUAGAAUUGUCACUAUGACUUUAGUGAUACAAGUCAGUAGGACAUUAAUUUAUAACAAAUAGCUGCUGUAGGUAAACUUACACAAUACGCAAAAGAAGUUGCAAAAUAGAGAAUAUUGUACUUAUAGUUGAACACUUUAGAACACUUUAGUGAUCUAAGUCAAUGAUGUUCAAAGAAUAGUUCUUCAUUUUUACAGAUUGCUCCAAGUCACUAGGAGUUUAGUUUGAAAUAAAUAGCUUCUGUAAUUUGAUUUGAAUUAAUAAGAAAGAUAUAAAGAACUUAAAUCGUAAUAUGAGUUCUUUCAGUGUUUAUUUCAUUUAACUUACACGAUAUGCAAAGGAAUAAUGAACUUAUAAUUGAACACUUUAAAAUACUUUAGUGAUCUAAGUCAGUGAUAUGCAAACAAUUGUUAUCAAUUUUGUCAUCACUUCUAGAUAUAUUAGUGAUAUUUAUACGCUAAGAUACAGUUCAUUACAUAAUGUUUUUCUCGAGUUUCUUGUUUAUGAAUGCAGGAUACAGAAUCCAGCUGAGAAGAAGUUCAAGACUUAGACAACUGAGUUUCCCUAAAACAAGCAUAGCUGAGCCUAUUGACUUAGUGGAAUCUGACAGUGAAAUUAUGGAACAAAAUGGAAAUCAAAACACUGAGAAUAACAAGGAAGAUAACACACCAGUGAAACUAUGGAAAAAGAUGGAGCUCAAAUUCUCUCGAAAAUCAAACAACAUCCCAAAGGAAACUGCAAAAAGACCAGCACAUUCCAUCUCCAAUGAUCAGGACACUGAGAGUGAUCAAUGUGUUCCUGAAACAAUUAUAAUUGUGCAUGAAAAGGAUAUUCCACAAAAUGUUCCUGAAACAACUACUGAGGAUAAUCAAACAACUACUGAGGAUAAUCAAACAACUGUUUGGGAAAAUGAUGGUGAUGAAGACAUUGCUGAUGCAAAUACCAAUUAUGAGGUUGCCGAAAAUGUUGCUCAUACAACUACUAACAAUGAGGAAGAUCAGGAAGCUUUGAAGAAUAAAAAGCCAAAGGUGACAAAAUUCAAAAGGAAAAAGGAAAUUGAUGAUGAAAAUGAGGCAAUAAGAAAGAAGAAGAUCAUCACAGUAUGUCCUUUAGUGAAAUAUACUAAGGAUAAUAUUCAGAAAAUUGAAGGAGCUAAACACUUGAAUGUACGAAAGGAUGAAGUCAAACUAAGGGUUUCUCCAAGAAUUUUUAGUGAGAUGAUAUUCCAUUUAAAAGAUGAACAAAGAAAAUGGGUACACCGAUCAGGUUUUGGUUUGUUGUUGAAUUUUGAGUUGGAGAUGUUGCCUGCAAAAUUGGCAUACAAUGUUCUUCAGAUUUUUGACCACAACUCAGUGUCACUAAAACUGAAAAGCUUAGACAUCCAAAUCACAGAAGAUGAUGUCUUUGAUGUACUUGGACUACCAUAUGGAGGUCUCAAAAUUCAACUUGCUGAUGAAACAAAGUUCAAACAAAGAGAAGAAUGUUGGAAUGCACAGUUCUCCACUGAAAAAGAGAGAGAGCAAAUAACAGCUCAAAUGCUUGUUCAGAAAAUGAGAAAACAAGGAGUUAGUGAUAAUUUCAAACUGAACUUCUUGAUAGUCAUGUCAAAUGCAUUGAUUGGGACAACAAGCUCAUCCUAUGUUGACAAGCAGCUUCUUAGGAUUGAUGAUGAUCUGGACCAUUUACAAAGAUACAAUUGGUCAGAAUAUCUUCUCCACUACCUUGUGAUAGCAACAGAAGCCUGGAAUAGGACAGCUUCUACUUUUUUCCGUGGAUCUUUGGUUUUUCUCACUUUGUUAUAUGUUGACCGUGUAAGGCAUAUGGGUAUAAAACUAGUUGAGAGAACAUUGCCUUCUUAUAUUGGCUGGACACACGAUGAGCUAAAGGAAAGGCAAAGGAUGGAAGUAAUUGAUGGCAUUUUUGGAGUCGGAUCACUUGUCCCUCCUAUUAGGGAAAUUUUAAAAGAAACUGAUUGUUGCAAAGCAGAUCAAACAAAGAAUGAAUAUGAAGAUGACUGGGAUGAUCCUGAAGUAUGGAAACAGAUGGAUGAAGUAGUGAAAAUUCACAAAGAGAAGAAGAAUUCAAAAACAACACAACAAAGAGAUGACAUGGCUGAAGAUAAUACAGAUGAAGAACCUCCAACAGAGGAUGUUAUUGAAAAAUUACUUACAAGAGCACAAGACUUGGUGGCUUCAAAGUUAGAAUUUGAUGAUGACCUGAAGAAAGCUCUAGAGAUGUACCCAGAUAAUGACAGCCUACACUUCAUUGUUGAAGUGAUGGAUGAGCAUUUUCACCAAAGAAAAACAAGUGAUGUGGAAGAUGAUGAACAACUUUGGGCAGAGGAUCCUUUUUUUAAUGAUCAACAAGAUGAUGCGAUCAUUCAAGAUGAUCAACAUGAUCAAAUAAUUCCAGAAAAAGAUGAUCAAAUCAUUCAAGAUGAGAAUCUGGAAAGUAAUCAAGAUCCAGAUAUUGCUAAGUCCAGCACAAAGCUUCCAGUUGCCAAAAACAACCAAGAUGUCAUACCAUCUUUUUCCCUUGGAAUAGAAGAAUUAGAUGAUUUAAGAAAUGCGACUGUGGAAAAUCAAAAUUCUUUUAUCACCCCAGAACCAGCACAAAGGAAAAAGAGCGCAAGGGACAAAAAAGUCGGUCCUUAUGGGAAAUCACCAUUCAUCAACAGAGUGAUCGAUAUUAAGACAAAACUUGACAAAACAGACAUGGGAUUGUGGCUCUUCUUGGUGCAGAAAAAAGAUAUGCUGGAAAUGGUAUACAGUUGGAAAGGUGUUGAAAUUAUUAAGGAGCAUCUUCAAACUUUGAAGAUCAAAACCAGCUUGUACUAUUCAGUUAUUGAUGUGUGGGUCACAAUUUUAAAUGAUUGUGAAAAAUACAAAUCUGAAGAAUCACCAAUGAGGCUGUUUUGCAACAUUGGACAUUUGGCUUUCACCCUUGAUCCAAACAAAAAAGUUUCAGAAACUUUUACUCUCUUCUCUGAAGGCAUGGAUAAGAUUCUUGAUACAUUUGAUGUAUCAAAAGUUGAAGACGUAGAUAUGGUUUUCUUUCCAAUCACCAAGUCAGAGCACUUCUACUUGAUUUGUUACGACAUCAGAAACCAAGGACACUUCAUUAUUGACAAUAUCAAGCGGGAAGGCAAUCCAAAGCAAUACUAUAUGAGGGUCCCUGAUAUAUUGCAUUCUCACUUCUGCAACUACAUACAAAUAAAAGGCAAUAUUCCUUUAUCUAGAAGAAUUCGCAAAUUCAAGCGAACAUACUUGACCAUGCCUUGGCAGACUAGUUGGAAUUCCACGGAUUGUGGAAUAUUUGUUAUGAGGCAUAUGGAAACUUUUAAAGGAGACCCUAAGAAGUGGGAUUCUGGACUUGCAGAGGAAGGGAUUAUCCAAGAUCAUCAACUCAGAAGACUUCGCAUUAAAUAUAACACUGCCAUUCUCUCUUCUGGUCUAAAUGCAUUUCAAAGAGGGAUUGUGGAUGAGGCAGCCAAGCUAGCUGAAAAAGCAGCAACUUACAAAGAUUUCAAAGUUGCAGCUUUCGAAAAGAAUCCAACAGUUCCUAAAUCAAUUUUAAAGAACACAUCAACUUCAGCAAAGAAGAAAGUUAUUUUUGCAACUAAUUUGAACACUAUAUUUGAAGCUGCAGCAGAAGAACAGGGCACACAAGAAGAACAACACAAUGAUAAUUAGACAUUUGCGAGUUACUGUAACUCAGAAUUUAAAUCUUUUGCCAAUGAAUGGUUUUAUUUCUCUAUGAAUUUAGCAGACUAGUAAAUCAUAUUCUUUUGCCAAUGAAUGGUUUUAUCUUCUAUGAUUGCUUGUAAAACAGAUUCAGA